CUCCCCGCGCGGGUCCCCAUGGCGGCGCGCGGCUGCUGCCCCGAGUGCGGCUCCGCUGCGCUGCUGGAGGACGCGCACUACGCGCAGCAGCAGUUGGUGUGCGCCGCGUGCGGCUGCGUGCUGGCCGAGGGGCUGCUGACCACCACCUACAGCGACGAGGGGCAGCUGCGAGAGGUGGCCUAUUCGCAGAGCACUGGGCAGAAGGAGCAGUUGAACCGCUGCGAGCAGCGAGGGAUCAGACGGGUCCAGGAUCUCUGUAAGGUUCUUCGGCUCCCGUCGGUGUUUGAGGGAACGGCCGUCUCUUAUUUCCAGAGAGCACUGCAGCACCCCUCCUUCCGCCUGGUCAGCCUGGAGAAGAAGGAGCUCCUGGUGGGCUGCUGCGUGCUGGCAACCUGUCGGCAGCACAACUGGCCGCUGACGCUGGGAACGAUUUGCUCCCUCCUCUAUGCAAAGCAGGAAUUGGUCACCAGCGUCUACCUGAGCCUUCAGAAGGAGCUCAGGAUCUCAGUGCCGGCGCUGAGCCUUUCAGAUCUGGUGAAGACACACCUUAACAGUUUCCGCCUGUUCCAGCACACAGAGGACAUCCCUGUCCUGUUUGUGGAGGACAAAGAGACAAUGCUUGCCCGGACCAUGCAGGUGGUGGAGCUGGCCAGUGAGACGUGGCUGGUGACAGGCCGGCACCCCAUCCCCAUUGUCACAGCUGCAGCCUUCCUGUCCUGGCAGUCACUGCAGCCCUCCGCCCGCCUCACCUGCACGUUCACACAGUUCUGCAAGGCAGCAGGCGUCGACCUGCCCCCCCCAGCACGCCUGAGGCUGAAGGAGCUUUAUGAUGUCCUCCUGAGGAUGGCAGCUGAGCUCGCUUGGCUAAAGGUGCUUAACUUGGACAAGAAGACGGUGGUCAAAUACAUUGGGGAUCUGCUGCAGCACCGAAUCUUCCUGCUGAAAAAUGCCUUCUGUGCAGCAGAUGUGGAAGAGCAGCAGAGGGCAGCCCAGGCUGAGGACUCCUCCAGCAAUCCUCUGGCAGCAGAAGGGACAGCACCAGACAAGGGCUGUCCCUCGGAAGGGAAGCAGAAGGCUGUGGGCAGCCGGAGGCCCUUACUGCCACCCUGCCUCCUCCAUCCAAGGAAGAGACUGCGCACUGCAGCCUUGAGUGCUUCAGAUGCUGCCGUCACUGGAGAUGAUCCCAUCUCUGACAGUGAAAUAGAGCAGUACCUGAGGGGCCCAGAGGAAAUCAGGGCAUUUAGGAGGGCUAAAGUGUGGCAGUAAAGAUGAGCAUCACUGGAACAGCAGCACCGGAGCACCAGAGACUCUGGAACCAAAAGUAUAAAUCCUGAUGGUUAAAGAGAUAUUGAGUGCUGCAAGGACAGUCAUCCGAGGAAAUGGGGUGGGGUGGGGAGUGGGUGAUGGCUUCUUUCAUGUUCUGGACCACAAUGAGUUAUUUUAAUUGGAAAUAAAUAGAAGUACAGGUGUGAGGAAUGGUUUCAGCUGCCCCAGCAUCGGCUGGACAGGUGCUGAGAAACCACUGGGGUGUAUGAGCACAGCACUGCUGGCUGUUUAAUUUGGACACUGUGAGGCAGUGACCUCUGUCUGCCUAACGGGCUGUUGUGUUUGAAUGCAGAGUCUGUGGGAAAUAACAGUACAUUUGGCAGAUUUGCAAAUCUUUAAUAUAUUAAACAAAACAUAUCUGCUAGAAACAUUCUAUUUAUAUAAAAAUGCAAAAAGACCCCUUUAAAGACAUUUCUUUGGCAUAUUUUCCCCCUCCCUCCCCCAUGUAUAUUGCAAGAAGCUCUCUGUUGAUCUGUCAUUUGCUUGUAAUGUAAACAUACAAAAAAAAAAAAAAAAAGAAGUGUAAUUAA